AUGGCCUCCGCCAUGAUGACCGUCGCGCCGUUGCGCGCGUCCGCGUCUCCGAACGCGUCUCGCCGCGCGUCGCGCGUCUCCAGCCGCGUCGUCGCGCCCGCGGGGCUUCGCCGAUCGGCCGUCAUCGUCCAGGGCCGUCGAUCGAGCGCGGCGACGAUCCGCGCGGACGCGAUGAAGGACGCGAUGGAGAAGUACAACGAGAUCACGUACAAGAUCCCGCCGGUGCUCACCGCGGCCGCGGUCCCGGUCGUCGCGCUCUCGCUCCUCUGCAAGACGCUCACGGGCCACGGCCUCCCCGGCACGCUCCUGGGCUCGAUCGAGGGGAUCUCCUGGCUCGUCCUCCCGCUCGGCGCGGGCGCGCUCGCGCCCAAGCUGGGCGACCUCGGCAAGGCGGGCGACGUCGGCGAGGCCAUCAAGAUCCUCACGACCGAGGGCAAAGCGUACGAGGGCUUCGGGCAGGACUCCCGAGGAAAGAACGCGACCGAGCGCCUCGCGUCCAUCACGAAGACGGUGGACCCGAACUCCCCGCUCGGGCAGCAGAUGGCGGACAUCGCCAAGAGAGAAGCCGAGCUCGCGGCGGAGACCCCGGAGCAGAAGGCGGCUCGCGAGAAGCUCCGCGCGGAGCUCGCCGCGGAGGCGCUCGGGUUGGGGAAGAACAUCAGCACGGACAGCGAGAAGGAGGCGGACGAGAAGGGGCGGGACGGGCUCCUCGCCAAGCCGGUGACGCAGACGCUCAAGGAGAGCAUGACGGUGGAGAACUACGACGUGGACGUGACCAAGUACGACGACAAGGCGCUGGGGAACAAGCUGAACCUGUCGUCCCCAGACGUCGAGAAGGGGGCGCCGAAGAACAACGCGGGAGACAAGUGGAGGGAGCAGUACCGCCAGGAGGGCGAAGACCAGGCGGGCGCCGCGGAGUAGGAGGGAUCGAGAUCGAUCGAGCCGCGAAAUCAUUUCAUUCGACGACGCGUCUUCGCGUCGCGUCGUCGCUUAACACCCUAUUGAUAUAAUAACCUUAAUUCAACCCGGUUGAACCC